GUGUUUUUGUGUCACUUCCUGAGCCAGUGGUGUGAUGGGAGUUAAACUCCAGCCUGCCGACCAAUGAGAGCAGGGCUGAUCCGUCAUCAUCCUCCCAGCAGCAGCAUCAGUCUGAGGGCCGUGAUCAGGGCAGCAGCUCCGAGGGGGGGACCGGGACUUGUGUUGGAGAUUCCUGCCCAGCUCGAUGUGUUUUCUAGCGGAUGGAGGCCGAGGUGUUGAACCCCCCGCCGGAUCCGUGCAGCAGCAGCAGCAGCAGGAUCAGCAGCAGCAGGAUCAGCAGCGCCGAGCUGGAGGUGCUGAAGCUGCAGGAGCUGGUGCGACAGCUGGAGAGGCAGAACCAGCAGCUGCGCUGCAGAGCCGGGAACCCCGGGAACCCCGGGCACCCCGGGAACCCCUGCUCCUCUGGGUCGGGGGGGCGCCUGGGUCUCAGAUAUGACCCCCCCGGGGCGCACGGGGGCACCCACGGGUGCCGCGCCGCCGCGGAGGAGGAGCCGCUCGCCUACUUCCAGCCCAGCUGUGUCCCGGGAUCCGAGGAGGAGGACGGCGGGGCCGCCACGGUCCUGGACCAGGUGGAGCUGCUGGACCUGAGUGUCCUGCUGCCCACGCAGGACCCGGACCGAUGGUUGUACGUGAGUCCCAGAGCCGGUCUGCAGAGCGACAGCGUCCUCAGUCCUCUCCAGUGGUGCAGGCGGGUCCUGGACCACCUCGGGCCGGAGGUGGAGCUGGCUAAGAUGACCCUCUGCAGCAGACUGGACCAAGAUUUACUCGGCCGUUUCAGCAUCCUGCACACGGGUUUCAAAGCUCUGCAGAGCUGCGAUCAGAUAUUCACGUCUGAGGUCGGGGUUUCACCUCGCGGUCGAGUGAGCAGCAGGCGAUGUUUACCGAUGUCUGAAGGAUUCAAGGGCCUGCUGUGUCUCCGGAGCUGCGUUCAGGGAGGCCUCUGA